GUUCUGUACAAGCGCAAACCGGUUCAAUACCUGCCACGGCCUGUAAUUGAGGAUGAAAGCUCAGAGGUUUGGGUCAUUCCAGAGACCAAUGAGGUCUUCACGAGUUAUGAGCCGUAUCUCCAGCGGAUGGACUUCUAUAAAUCCCGUCGAUUCAUUUGUGAAAUAACGGGACAUUCCGGCAUGACCUUCUUUGAGGCCCUUCGAAGCGAGCUCGAGGAAUCCCGCGAGGUCAACAACAGUUUCCCUGAAGCCCUGAAGGAGCCAAUAUUACGUCGCAUUCAGUUUUCUACGACCUCUAGAGAAUUCAAAACCGACUUCUAUCCCGGAGAGCCAGUCUUGAUCCUUCUGGAAGACAACAGCCGCAUUCAUGGAACGAUCAGAGAUAAGGCCAAUUUCCCAGAGCAACUCUAUGCGGACGGCACCAUCAAGACCUCCGCAUAUGCGAGGUAUUUGGUCAAGAUCUCCGACCGACCCAAUGAAGAGGCUCUCCUGGAUCAAGACCACAUCACUCGGGAUCGGAAGUCAUUUACCAAGUUGAUGCUUCGAGGGUUCAUCAAGAACAAUGUCACGCGAGAGUCGUGGACGGGUGCUCCCUGGUUGGUAAAACCGUCUGUCGCGGAGGAAUACAAGAUCUCCACCGAGGUACCCAAGCACUUGCAAUAUGGUACCAAGGUGGCAGAGAAGAAGGCCAUGAAGAAGGCGGACCAAGACGGAUUCUUUGGAUUCUUCUCAUCGCAGCAGCUGCCAGAACUCAAACCUGCUGUGAAAGGUGCAAAAUCCAAGCUCACCGCCCAUGACCACGCCAAAACCCGCGACGCACAGUAUUUGGAAUACCAACGCUCUCUGAACGGUAAUCCAACCUUUUUGCCACCAGGGAAUCCCCUCCGUCCCACAAAGCCACCGCUGGUCGGUGAUAAGAAGACGCCGCAGCCUUCAGUUGUCCCUAAGAGCGAACCGCGACUACCCUCACCCCCACCCAUCAAAUAUCCUAUCGAGGAUUUGGAGAUCACGCCAAACAAAGACAAAAAUCACCGCCCAACCUUGAAGUUUUUGAUGGUGGGGGAUACGGAUGAUGAUGGAUCUGAGGGUCUGUUGCCGGACGACGUGGAACCCGAAUCUGUGGGACUUCUUCUCGAGACCUGGAACACGCUCAACGUCUACUGCGAGGUGUAUCAGCUCGACUCGUUCACUUUCGAUGACUUUGUGCAGGCAAUGCGGUUCUCAUCGGAGGUCACAGACUGCGAGUUGUUCGUAGAGAUUCACUGCGCGCUUCUCAAGACACUGGUAGACUCGGAGUUCAACGGUGGGGCUACACGGAUCUCUCUACCAGAGAUUCAGUCAGAAUCUUCCGAUGAUUCUGAGGAUUCAGAUGCCGGUGAGGCUGAAGAGAGCGACGAGGAGGAAGAAGAGGAGGAGGAGCCUGCACCAGCCAGGAGAAUGACCACUCGCAGCAGUCUGGCCAAGAAAGAGGCCCAGGACCUCCAAGCGCAACUGGAGGAUUCCGAGCAGGAAGAGCGCAUCCACCGAGCGGACGAGAUGUUCGACGAUUAUAGCUGGAUCGACCGCCUUCGUCGCCGCGAUUUCCGCAACGGUGGAUGGGAAAUGGUCAUGGUUGGUCUACUAAAUCAGCUUUCUGUUCGCCCUCGCCUUCAGCAGACUUGCCACGAGGUCCUGAAGCAUCUUGCGCCCAUUGAUGAGCCCCCCACGCAGCAGACCGCGAGAGACCAGUAUCGGACCCUCGAUAUCAACCUGCGAGUGAAAGCCCUCGAGAUCAUCUGCAUGUUGAGUCUGGAGACAAGGGCCAUUCGGAACUACAUGGAGGAAUGCAAUGUUCAGAUGACCGAUUCUCGCAAGGUGAAGAUCGAGCACCAAAAAUCUCGCAAAGCCGCUGUCCAUGAUCUGAGGCUCCUCCAGCAAGAGCGCAAGGCACUUCAGCCCGAACAAGACAAGACCGCUGAGAAACCUGCUACGCCUGUACCAGAGCUUGAGGGGCUCGAUGAUUCCCGAUUGACUGGUCUAGACGGUGACUCGGAGAUGCCUCUGGACACAGACGACGAAGAUUCUCACCUGACUCUGACCCGUUCGCUUCGAGGCGGCGCAGAUCGCGCCGCGGAGCGCAAACGCAAGCAAGAAGAGGAGCGGGAGCGAAAGGAGCUCUUGGCCAAACAGCCCAAGGGUUCCAAGCAGUACCAGCGCGUCUUGAGGAAGAUCGAGGACCAAAAAACCAAGAUCAGGAAGAUCGAAGAGAAAAUCGAGUCAGUUGAAAAUGACCUCCGGGAGGCCGACUGCCCUCGGACCAAAUGUCUCGGUCUCGACCGCUUCUGCAACCGAUAUUGGUGGUUCGAACGUAACGCGAUGCCUCAUGGUGGCAUGCCCGAUAGCUCCACAGCGGAAGCUGGGUAUGCGAACGGUCGCCUUUGGGUUCAAGGGCCCGAUGAAAUGGAACGUACUGGCUUCAUCGAGCUCACCGAUGAACAACGAAAACAAUAUCAGAAGCAGUUCCACACGACGCCGGCUGAGCGCAAGAAGCAUGAGGAGGGCCCUACGCAUGUGUCGAACGCUCGGGAGUGGGGUUACUACGAUGACCCCGAAGCUAUUGAGCAAUUGAUCCAGUGGCUGGACACGCGCGGUCAUCGUGAGAGCAAACUCGUCAAAGAGCUCCGCCUCCAGCAGCACGCGAUCACCAAGUCCAUGGAAAAGCGCCGAUCAUAUUUAAGCCUGAGCGCUCAACGAGCUGAAUCAGAGGAAUUGCCCACAAAACGCGUGACUACGCGGCAGAAAACCUACGUGGACGUUAAUGAGCAUCGUCUUCGCUGCCUGCGAUGGCAAAAUGGCACAUCGAUGAGCGAGAAUGGCCACCUUCACGUUGACCCUGAGCGGCCCGCCAAGCGGCAGAAGCGGAACGCCGAUGACUCGCGCGGCGGCCGAGGCACGCGGGCCAAGGCGCCCGCCCGUCGAGCGUCACGCCGUGGGACUUGA